AUGGCCAACGAGGCUGGCGUGACAGGCGCAGGCCCAGGAGGCGUCGGUGGCGUCGUCGGCACUCCCACCGUGCGGGAUGCCUCCAGGGUUUGGGUAGCAGUCGGUGUCAGCUUCAAUGCCGCGAUCUACAUCUACAUCUUUGGGUUCAAGCCCUGGCUUGAAACGACAGGUCUGCUCUGCCCGCGCCAUUAUUUGGCUGUGUUAGCGGACUGGGUGAUGGUCGCGCUUCUCGGUGCCGUCUCGUUCGGGAUCGCGGGACAUGCGAGCCAACGCUGGCGCCUGCAAGGCUUGAUUCGUGGGUUGAUUGUUGUCGCGGUCAUGCUGUCGGUAGCGAGGUCGGCCACGGUGAUGUUCUUCCAAGGGUUCUGUGCAAUCCCUGAGAUGGCCUGGUGCUGCAUUUUCAUCCCCAUCGGCUUGAACAUUCAUAUGGGGCCCCAAGAGGUGACCAAGACGGGAGAGGACGAUCCGGAGGUGGUCAAGGCGGAGGUGGCCAAGGUCUUGGGUGGUCUCACCGCCUCCACGUGGUCGGAUGAAGGCGCGGACGGCAACUUAGAGUCUGGGAAUCCCGUUGCUUGCUCAAUAUGCUUGUGCGACUUGGAGCCUGGGGACAGCGUCAAAACCACUCCUUGCAACCAUUCGUUCCAUGAGGAAUGCUUACAGAGUUGGCUGCUCUCUUCAAUGUGCAGGUGGAAUGCACAGUCCUGUGCUGUGUGCCGACGAGAUCUACGCUGCAUUAGUCGAAUUGCGGACUCUGAGCGACCUUCAUUCGGCGAUGUCAGCUAA